AACGUUAAUUUUAAGUUGUGAUUUGAUACACUGAAAUAUUUACAAACACUGUUUUUUACUAUAAAUUAGAAUUCUAUUAGUGUAUUGACUGGAAUUCUGUCUGAUAAAUUUAUUAUCGAAAGUAAAUGUCAAAACAAGACAGUAAUCUAUAUGUAGAUGAUAAGUCAGCCACCAAAACCACGGAACCGUCUCAUAAAAAAUCACCUGCUUGUUGUGGAGAGUAUGGGCGUGCUGUAGCUCAUGGCCUAUUUCGAAAGAAACAUUUCAAAGAUAUAUUUCAUAAUGAUCUUAAUAAAACUUUAACAACCAUAAGUUUAAUUCUCUAUGGCUUAUCAUGUAUGCUGGAUGGAGGCAUUUAUGUAUCUACUGGUGCUGUAAUAAAUGCACAAACUGGACCGAGUGCUUUUCUUGCCUACAUUAUAGCUACAUUUGUAGCAAUAUUAAAUUCUCUGAUAUAUUCAGAAUUAGCAUGUCAUGUUCCGAAAGAUGUUGCAUGUUACGGACAUGCACACAGCUUUCUGGGUGAACUUCCAGCAUUCAUAACUGCAUGGUCAACGUUUCUCGAUUACAUAUUAAGUGCAUCACUAGUUGCACGUAGUUGGAGCAACAUAAUCAACACUUUUUCAGGAAACAGGAUAAGUUCGUGGACAAUAAUUACAUUUGGAAGAUUAUCAUCUCCAGAUGGAUUGUUGUCAGAGCAUCCUGAUUUCCUCAGUACGAUAGUGAUUCUUAUUUUUGGCAUUUGUUGUUGUUUUGGACUACGUAAAAAUUUAGCUUUGACCGUGAUCUCAAGUGCCGUGAAUGUUGGGGCAUUAGUGAUAGCUACUAUCUAUAUGUUUAUUCAUGCUAAAGCAAAUCAUUAUUCCAUCAUAUAUCCUGGGAUUACAACAAAUAUUAAAUAUUUUCUACCUUAUGGGGUUCUUGGUUUAAUAAGUGCAACAACAAUUAGUUUCAAUGCUUUCGUUAGGUCCAGUGCACCAUCAUCACGUGCACAAGAAGUUAAACGUCCUCCUUAUAGCCUACCUGCAGCCAGUGUAACCAGCAUACUCAUCGUGGGACUCGUCACUACACUAUCUGCAUUAGCACUGACAUUAUAUUAUCCAUGGUUUUAUAUCGACGCAGAAAAUGCAUUUUUAAAUGCAUUAAAGGAUAACAAAGAAUCUACUGGUUCAAAAUUUGGAAGAAUAUUCAUGUUUUGUUUAAUUGGCAGUGGGUUUGUACUUGGAUUACUCACCAGUUUGAUAUCACCAAUGUUGGCCAGUAUAAAUAUUUGUUUAGCUAUGGUCCGUGAUGGUUUUAUUCCAUCGAUGUUUUCUCGUGUUUGCCGACCCUUCAAGAGACCACCAAUGACGACAAUAUUCAUUAUAAUUUUCACAUGUUUGUUUAGUACAAUAUUUACUGCACAAAGUUUGGCAAGUUUUUUAAGUUUAGGUACAUUAAUUGCCUAUUGUAUUAGUGCUGUCAGUGUUUUAUUUCUACGUUAUCGAUCACAGACAAAUGAUCCUGAAGAUAUAAAUGAAUAUAAUAAUGCUAAUUCGAAAGGUUUUGAAAACUAUCAGAAUGCAUAUUACAGUAAGCGAAUUGGUCAACCAGGAUUUAUUAGAAAGAAAAUUGGUUUUCGUUUAUCUGAUCGUAUGUUAAAAUUUAUCAAUUCUGGUGUUCCUGGUAGUAUGGUUGUUCUUUUAAUAUCUAUUUAUGUAAUAUUGAGUAUUGCAUUGGUUGGAUGUUUGACCUUUGGAGUAUCUGGUAGAAUAGCAUCAUUUAUGAAGAUCAUUGCCACUGUACUUAUUCUUUUACUACUCAUGUUAACUAUCAUUUUCAUCAGUUUUAUUAAACAGUUCAAGUCAAAUGAUGCUAAUUUAUAUCGAGCCCCAUUGGUUCCAUUGCUUCCUUGUUUGACAUUAACGAUAAAUCUACUACUUCUUUCUCGGAUUUCGUGGUUUAGUUGGGUUCGUUAUGGUAUUUGGAUGUUAUUUGGUUUAUUAAUAUAUUUCUCAUAUGGAAUUAGAAAUACAUAUCGAAUAUCUGAAGACAAUAAAAGUGUAAUUUCAUCGAAUUGUCUUAGUGAUAUAGAAUAUGAAAAGAAAUCAUCAAAAAGUAAUUCAUCAACAGAUGAAUCAAUAGAAUUUGUUGAUCCAAUCAGAUUUUGAUCAAAUGAUUUUAAAGAUUAAUUGACAUGAAUUAAAAAUUACAAAGAAUUUUUUUUAAUAUUUUCUAACAUCAUAUGAUUGAUUAAAUGAAAAACAGUAACAACAAGAAAAAAAUUAGAGACAGAGAGAACUCAUGUUACUUUACAUAUAUACAUAUAGUUCUUUCAAUCAUUUAAGAAGAGAACAAGAAUAAAGAUUAUAACAGAAUAGUAUAAAUUCAUUCUAUUUAUUUAUUUAUUUAUUUAUUUCAAUAGAAUUCUGAUAUCAUAUAUGUAACAUUUUAUAUUGAAAAAACACAUUAUAAACAAUAUCAUUCAUCAUAUAGAUUUUUGGUCAAAUUUUAACUUUCUUAUUUAAACAAAAUUCAUAUCAAGUAAUUUCUUUAUAAUUUCAUGUUGACUAUUUGUGGAAAUAACACUUGAAUGGUAUCAAGGUCAAAGGUUUUGAAAAAGAAAUUUUUGAUUGAUAAGUGGAUAUAUAAGAUUGUAAAGCACUAAUAUUAGAAACUACCUCUGUAUCAGUAGGCCUCAACAUACAUAAAGGAAACAGCAAGAUCUUCAAUUACAACACAAAGAGAAUACCAACCAAAUCAGUCACACUUGAUGGAGAAACUCUGGAAGAUUUGGAAUGAUUCACCUACCUGGGAAGCAUCAUCGGUGAACAAGGAGGAUCAGAUGCAGAAGUAAAGACAAGGAUUGGUAAAGCAAGUGCCACAUUCCUACAAUUGAAGAACAUAUGGAACUCAGAAUAACUGUCAAGCAAUAUAAAAGUCAGAUUCUUCAAUACCAACGUCAAGACAGUUCUACUGUAUGGAGAUGAAACUUCCAGAACUACUACAACCAUCAGCAAGAAGGUACAAGCAUUUGUAAAUAGUUGUUUACACAAGAUACUCAAUAUUCAUUGGUCAGAUACCAUCAGCAACAGCUUACUAUGGGAGAGAACAAACCAACUUCCAUCUGAAGAGGAAAUUAGAGAUAGACCAUGGAAAUGGAUAGGACAUACAUUACGCAAAUCAUCAAACUGCACCACGAGACAAGCGCUAACUUGGAAUCCUGAAUAGAAGCAGAAAAGUGGAAGGUCAAAGAACACAUUAUGUCGGGAAAUAGAAUCAGAUAUGAAAAGGAUGAAUAAGAACUGGAAAGAGCUAGAAAGAAUCGCCCAUGACAAAGUUGGAGGGAGAAUGCUGGUGAGCGGCCUAUGCUCCUGGACGAGGAGUAACAGGCGUAAUUAAGUAAUAUUAGAAACUGGAGUUUUUUGGAGUAUAUUUCAAAUCCUUGUUUCAUAUUUUGCUAGCAUCAAUAAAAUUGAAUAUAUUCAUAGUUUUGAAGAAUUGUUGGUGUCAAUUAAAGUGUUAAAUGAGGUUGACAAAUGUUGCAAUGUUCAGUUUUUCCAAUGAAUUGAAUAGACGUUCAUUAAGCAGACAAUCGACCAGUUAGUAAUCAUUCAUAAUUAUCAAUUUAACAGCGUUAUACAAGCAGACAUUGUAUGGUGAAAGUUUCGAAAAAAUAGAACUAUAGUUUAUAUAAUGAAUGCAGAAAUCUUAAGUAUUGUAAUAUAUCAUCUUCUAAUAUGCCAGGUAGACAAUGAAGUAAACAAUAAGUCAGGCUGUUUAACCGAAAUAUACUUAACAAACUAUAAUUAUUUCAGGAGACCUUACUUCAAAAUCAUUUUAUUUAAAGCAGUCUCACAGAGAAGUUCACUAUCAAUUUCAAAAACACAUGGAUCCAAUCCUCCAUUUACAGUAGUACUUCUCAUUUGUUUGAAAAGAUAUAUGAAACGAAGACAGAUAGUUGUGUUUUCACUUAUCCAUAAUAACUUUUACUUAUUACUCUUGGCUAAAAACGAAAUAUAAUGUUAAAAGUAUUAGUUUUUAUCAUACUUCUUAAAUUAUGCAAAACAUGUGAAAUCAGAUACUUCAUAAUUAAGUUCAGGAUUUAAUCAUCAUUAUUUCUGAAGGCUAUGAAUAGUGCUGAGGUUCGAAAAUGUAUGGUUCGGUAUAGUGUAUAUAAUAAUCCAAUAAAUAUUUUUAUUUUG